GGUGACUGCAGCAAGGCACAGUCGCGUGCGGGUCAGAGGCAAGCACGAAGUUGUUAAAGAUAAAUACAAAAAGGAAGGAUGCAGAGUUUGUGGGGCGAGUUGGGCGACAUAAUUGAAAGAAAAUAGUUAAAUACAAGAAUGAGAAAGAAAAGUAAAGUGCCUAUAUGCGUUCAGUAACUAUAACGACGAUGGAGACAAUUGCUGCGCUGGGUAGAUUUUAGGUUUGGCGCGCGCUGGGGAAUUCAUUCCUUUGGAAAGGCGAUGUCUGAUGGGCGAAUAUACACCUGGAUUUCUCUGGAUUACAAACCAACAGAAAGGGUUUUCCUCGGGAGAGGGCGUAUGUGUAUGAAGGAGACAAAUACAAGUAAAGAGAAAAGUUAGUUAAUAAGAGACUGCUAUAAAUUUGAUUAUGAAAAGUUUUUAACAUAUUUUUACGCGUAGGAACCUUGGGAAUUAGUCACAUGUGAAUCCGUCAGUAAUCUGUUAUUAUUCGAAGUGUUCCUAAACCAAUCAGAGAGAAACAGAAACAUGUAUCUGGGUAAAACUCUUCUGUUUGUCCUACUCUUAAACUGCGCCACCACGAGCCUAUCUUUCUCAACAUGCGCUACCGUAGAUAUAGACCAUGUGAAGCGGAAAAGGGUCGAGGCGAUACGGGGACAGAUACUGAGUAAACUCCGGACGACCAGCCCGCCACACUCACUGGGACCCAGUCAGGUCCCUUACCAGAUCCAGGCCUUGUAUAACAGUACCCGGGAGCUGCUUGAGGAGUUGGGGAGAGACCGGCAGCAAAGUUGCGGCCAAGACAACACGGAGACCGAAUAUUAUGCCAAAGAGAUAUACAAGUUCAACAUGGUCCAAGGGCCGCCUGACAACAAUGACCUUCCAUACUGUCCUAAAGGAAUCACUUCCAAAGUGUUCCGUUUCAACAUCUCAGUGAUGGAGAGGAAUUCCACCAACCUGUUCCGAGCCGAGUUCCGAGCUCUGAGGGUUCCAAACUCUGCUGCCAAUAGGAAUGAACAGAGGGUGGAGCUCUACCAGAUCCUGAGGCCAGACGAGCACAUAGCUAAACAACGCUACAUCGGAGCCAAGAACGUGCUGACCAAGGGAACGCCCGAAUGGGUCUCCUUCGACGUGACAGAGACGGUACAGGAGUGGCUGAUGUACAGAGAGACCAACCUGGGUCUGGAGAUCAGCGUACACUGCCCGUGCCACACCUUCAACCCCAACGGUGACAUCAUCGACAAUGUGAACGAGGUGCUGGAGGUCAAGUUCAAAGGGGUAGAAGGGGAGUAUGAGGAGCAGGGUCGUUGGGACCUGGGCAGGUUGAAGAAACAGAAGGAGCGGUCCCUGCCUCAUCUCAUCCUCAUGAUGAUCCCUCCUCACCGUCUGGACCCACAGCCACGUAGACGCAAACGGGCCCUGGACACCAACUACUGCUUCUCCACUGUUGAGGAGAACUGCUGUGUACGUCGUCUCUACAUCGACUUCCGUCGGGACCUGGACUGGAAGUGGAUCCACGAGCCUAAAGGAUACUUUGCUAACUACUGCUCUGGACCCUGCCCUUACCUGAGGAGCUCCGAUACCACACACACACAGCUGCUGAGCCUGUAUAACACUCUGAACCCAGAGGCUUCAGCCUCUCCCUGCUGCGUUCCCCAGGACCUGGAGCCUCUUACCAUUCUCUACUACUCUGGACGUACCCCUAAAGUAGAGCAGCUGUCCAACAUGAUCGUCAAAUCCUGCAAAUGCAGCUGAAGAGGUUCGGGAGUAGGCCCGAAGCCUGGGAGUAGGGUGGUGGGGUUGUCCCACGGAAGGUGACCUGUAUUGGGGCACUAGAGCCAGCCAGCCUGCCUGCCUAGCUGUAGAAAACUACCACCAUCCAUGUUAUUUUGUAUUCGGACUAUGUUGCCUGCCACGUGGAUCUUAACACCACUUGAACUGAAGGACCCUAUCCUGAGGACAUAGUAUGUUAGACUUUGCGAUUCUAACUUCUAAUCUUCAUCAUCGUUUUUUUUUUUUUUAGAGAGAGAGACGUCAAAUCGUUUCAUUUUGACAUGUUUAACAAACUGGGUUUCCUUCACCUUCCUACAAACAGUGGGCAUUCUUCAUAACACACAAAGGAGAAAGGACAGACUAGCUGCUGUAUCUGAAGACAGCUAGAGGGAAAGGAGAAAGGACAUGAGACGGAGAGAGAAGAGAGAGAGUGAGAGUAGAGAGAAUGCCUGCAGGGUUUGCAAUGGAAAGUAAAGUGAGCAGAAGAGAUAGAAGCCAAGAUUAUAAUUUUUUUAUUAUAAUUUUUUUUGUCCAACCAAAAAAGCAGCGACCAUUUUUUUUUUUUUUUGUCGUCCUCGAAUGCAAACGGAGCGGAGGGAGGAAGGACCUUUACAGAUGGAGAAAGAUAUUAUUCUGUGGCUAUUAGCCAUUUAGCACUCUUCCAAAACACCCACCGCGACUCCCUUUGAAGACUUGCUUGACAUGUUUGAAUUUAAAAAUAAAUGAAAAAAAUCGGGCCCAAACACAAUGUGCUGGAAAUUAAUAUUGAUCUGUAAAACUCCGUAUGUACAAAUGUUUCUCCUUCUUCUUCUUCUCCUUCUUCUUCCUCUUCUUCUCCUCCUUCUUCUUCCUCUUCUUCUCCUCCUUCUUUUUCUUCUUCUCCUUCUUCUUCUUCUCCUUCUUCUUCCUCUUCUUCUCCUUCCUCUUCUUCUCCUCCUUCUUCCUCUUCUUCUCCUCCUUCUUCUUCCUCUUCUUCUCCUCCUUCUUUUUCUUCUUCUCAUCCUUCUUGUUCUUCUUGUUCUUCUUCUUCUUCUUCUUCUUCUUCCUCCUCUUCUCCUCCUUCUUCUUCUCCUCCUCCUUCUUCUCCUCCUUCUUCUUUUUCUUCUUCUUGAAAUUGGCAGAUGUUCUCUGUUAUGCAGCGUGUUGUCAUACGGUGAUUGAUUGAUGGUUGCUGUAUCUGUCUAAUCCCUUUGAUAUUAAACUGUUAAACUCGUCA